UAGGGAGAAAGAUCUACGACGGCGCGAUGGUGGUUUUGGAAGUAAUUAUUCUGGAUUUGAAGAUGAUGUUCAGUCUCAUCAAAGCCAUCUUCGAAGUCUUCGUCCUACCGAAACUGAAGAGCGUCGAGAAUGAGAUUAUACUUAUCACAGGCACUGGCCACGGUAUGGGACGCGAGGUGGCACUGCGUCUAGGCAGACUGGGAGGCAAAGUAAUCUGCGUUGAUAUCAACAAAAAGGGAAAUCAGGAGACGGUCGACCUAAUCCGGAAGGAGUCUGGCAAGGCUUAUAGAUACGAAUGUGACGUAACGAACCGAGAAGCCGUACUGGAGUUGAAAGAAAAAGUCUGCCGUGAAGUGGGAGAAGUGACGAUGCUAAUCAACAAUGCGGGCAUCAUGCCCUGCAAGCCGUUCCUGGCCCACAGCGCAGCAGAAAUACGAGCCGUAUUUGAGCUUAACAUCAUAGCACAUCACUGGACAUGCCAAGCAUUCUUGCCGAGUAUGAUGGAGCGUAACCACGGUCACAUUGUAGCAAUGUCGUCGAUGGCAGGAGUAAUGGGUCUGCGGAACUUAGUACCUUACUGCGCCACCAAGUAUGGUGUUCGAGGUUUCAUGGAGUCCCUGUCUGAAGAACUUAGAGAGCAUCCGAAGGAUUACAGCGGGAUCAAAUUCACCACAAUUUUUCCUUACAUCGUGGACACGGGUUUGGCAAAGAACCCCAGGGUUAAGUUCACGAAUCUCAUGAAGAUUGUGAGCCCUCAAGACGCUGCUGACCAGAUUGUCGAUUCUAUUAGGAGGAACUACUUCUCUAACACCAUUCCCAAGUCGAUGCAUUACAAUGUCAUGAUUGCCAGCGCCCUGCCUCGAAACGUUGGUCUCCUUGCGAAAGAUUUCGUCGACACGGGUCUUGAUCCUCAUCCGUACUAACUUUUUUCUCUAUAAAAUAAUAGUAUAGAAAUGUUUUAUCGUCCGUAUUACAACGAAUGGACACUUAAUUUCGUUCGUAGAAUCUCUAAACCUCUCUCCGGAAAGUUGACAUUUUGCGGAUGUGGCCUUAUUACAUCAAAGGGUACGAAAAUAUAACAUUCUGGAAAAUUAAAGACUGACCCAUGCCGCAAUGGAAUUGUAAUAGAAAACAAUAGCUUUUGGACACUAUAUAGGUACUAUAUAGGUUAUCCCACGGCUAUGCCACACGGAGGGAACGUACAUUAAAUACAGUAAAUAGAACAUUUUACUGAAAAAAGUCUUCAUUUUGAUUUUAAAACAAUUCGAACUGCAUUUUAAGAUUUUUAAAUAAUCGCCUGUCUGAACCGGGAAUCGAAGCCACCAAAUGUGAAAAACAAAAACACCUGUGAUUUUAUUAUACUUAUCGAAAGACUCAAUCUUAAGGAUUGUUUUUUUUUUUUCUAAAUAACAUAGCAUCUUAAAUAAAAGGAAGACCAUUAAAUUUAACAUUUAAUUCGAUAGUUUGUUCAGAAAAUUAAUAUAGCCUUUUCUCUGACUUUGCCGCGCUCAUAACAAAUGACAUUAUUAUUUCAAAGCGAGCGAUGUUCGAAUAGAUUUUCGCAAAGAAUUGGCAAGGCAAAUAUAAUGCCGUUCUUACAGCACUACUGAAAGUAAUGUAUACAAUAUUGAAUAAAAUUAAUUAUUAAUGCACAAUUUUCCUUCAAAAUUGUAAAUUAUGUUCCCAAUAAAGUC